AUGGCUGAUUGGAAACACCACAUACAAUCUACACACCAGGCUUUUCCAAAUGAUCCUAUAUUCACUCGACUUCGCCGGUUCUCUGUAGAGAGACGUGGUGAGGUAUUCCAAGAUGAUUAUGGUAUCAAGGCAAGCUAUAACAACUUGAUCAGCGAUAUCACUCAUUUGCGCCAGGUACUGCGAGAGCAGCUUUCCAAUGGUUCAUUAAAUGAGAAGGGCUUGUUACAACAGCAUGCUACGUCUAUCGGCUAUCUAGGACUCAGCGGAUACAACUUCAUUACAAGCUUUCUGGCUAUUGCUGCCCUGGGAGGCAUAUGUGUGCCAUUGGCGGCGACAAGUCUUCUUCCAGAAGAAGCUUUAUACUACUUGAAUAAGUGCAAUGCAACCUGUGUCUUGGUAGAAGCCAGCACCUUUGACAAAGCGGUGGAGAUUAAAGAUUAUGCCCGGGCCCAGGCUGAUCAAAAAUUGAACAUAGUUUUAGUCACGAGGGCAGACUCUGGCUCAAAUAACCACCCUAUAUUGCAAAUAGAUGAUGAGCUGACAUUCUCCCCAACGAUUGGAUGUCUGGUUCUCUUUACAUCUGGGACAACCUGCCAACCGAAGGGUGUUUUGUUGCCCCGCCAGUUAUUCUAUUACAAGGAGGGUACUGUCUGUAAUCCAGCCGAUCUGUAUCUGUCUUCAACUUCCAUACAUUGGAUAAGUGGUGCAGAGGGUCUCUUAUACAGUGUACUGAAUGGGGAGAGACUCCGUAUUAUGAAGAGCCAAGCUGAGCCUGUGAGGUUUUGGGAAAUCUUGGCGAAGGGAAAAGUGACGAGAAUGAGCGUGUCGCCAACUCUUUUGAGAGCAUUAAUGGAAUACUACAAGGAAAAUAUUCAAAACCUUCCACACCGUUAUAGUGAAAAAUAUAUUAGAGGGGCUCAAAACUUGCAAACGCUCUGGACAGGUGGUUCUGUGCUUAGCCCUAUCACCCGAAAGUUCUUUACAGAUCUAAUAAACGUUCCUAUCAGAAAUGGAUACGGGUCAACUGAAAUGGGCGGAGCUGUAAUGGCCACGCCAGCUGGUUCUAACUUUGUGGACGGUUCUAUUGGUACACCCUUUCCAGGGGUGAUAGUCAAGCUUUCUAACGGUGACCAUGGAGAAAUCUUAGUCAAAAACCCCAAAGCAUUCAUUCAACAAAGAUAUAUCAACGACGAUGCAGCCACACGGGCCGCAUUUGAUUCUGAAGGGUUCUACAAAACCGGUGACUAUGCCCACCGUGUCGGGGAAAGCUAUUUCUUUGAUGGUAGGGUCUCAUGCGACUGGGUCCGGUUCCAUGAGUACACGAUUUCUGUCCUAGAGCUUGAGCAGUGUUUGAUGGAUCUUCCAUAUGUCUCUGAAGCUUAUGUUCUUCCCGUUGCAGAUUAUGAGGCAGGUGGAUUGGUAGCCGCACUUGUUCGAAUCCAAAAACCGAAUACUGGUGAAGAAAGACAUCAGUUUAACCUUCGGAGAAUCCGUGAAGACCUCGCUGCUGCCAACAUGGUUUCAUACAAACUCCCUACACUUUUACGGAUUCUCAAAAAUAAGGAACAGGUUCUUUUAACGGCCUCAGGUAAAGUGUUAAAAAAGGAAUGUCUCCGAAGGUACUUUAAUAUAUCUGGAUAUUUACCGGAUCAAUAUGCCGUGGAUGGCGUGGAGUACUGGGGAAACAAACUAGACAUGACCGCCUCGACUCGCCUGUUCGAUUGGGGAGGCAUAUAA